AUGCCAAAGUCAGAUGACAGCCCUUCUCAGCCCGACAAACCUGCAGUCACACCCCUUCACCCUGCAUACACUGUCACCAAUGUUCAGUCCAAGAUUCGGACCCUUGAUGGCACCAAAGUAACAUAUUCCCAAUGGGUCAAGCUGUUCACCUUUCAUGCCAUCGCUUACAAGGUUCUAGACCAUAUCGAUGACACCCAAAAACCAACCAAAACUGACCCUGAUUACGAAACCUGGAAAGAAAUCGAUGCUUUGGUCUCUCAAUGGAUCUAUAGCACGAUAUCCGAUGACUUGCUGGGCACCGUCCUUGACACCACCGCUUCGGCUCGAACCACUUGGCUACAACUUCAGAAAAAAUUCUUGGGAAACAAGCAAGCCAAGGCAGCAGCUCUGGAGACUCGUUUCGUUAACCUUACACUCGCCUCAUGUGCCUCAGUCGAUGAUUAUUGCCAACAGUUGAAAGAACUAGCAAACCAGCUCUCGGAUGUGGAUCAACCUGUUACUGAGAGCCGAAUGGUACUGCAGUUGGUCAGAGGUCUUUCAGCCGAAUUUGACACCACUGCCCAACUAAUUCAUUCACAGCAGGCCGACUGGGACACGGCCCGUACUAUACUUAAUGAUGAGGUUAUUAGGUUAGAAGCUCGGAAACAACAAUCCUCUUCGGUCCUCUACACACCCGCCCCUACAAACCACACCACUAAUCAGCAAACACCUGCUCACUCUUCAGAAAAUAAUCAACAGCAGCAGCAGCCUCCCUCGUAUAGGGGUAGAGGCCGCGGACGUGGUCAGGGCUACCGUGGACGUGGAGGAAGAGGAAGAGGAAACAGGGGUCAAUCACCUCCAACACCUUGGAAUUUUUUGAACUACACGGGACAGCAGCAGCAAUUCCCACAGUGGGCGUGGUGGUCCACCCCCCCGUGUCCAUACCCCACUCAGAAUACAUGGAAACCCAACCCGACCCCACAGCAUCCGUCAGCAAAUUUUGCGGCCCCUCGGAUCUCAGUGCAGCCUUCCAAACAAUGCAGUUACAAUAUCAAGAUCCGAAUGCUGUGA